ACUCCCCCUCCAGACAUCUUCUAGAGAGAACCAGUCGAGCCAUGUCCAAGCUGAGCAUCUGCAUCCUCCUCGUGAUCCUGGCCAUCGCCUCCACCCAGGCGGACGGCAACCGUCGUCCCUGCCCCGGCCGCUGCACCGGCUACGCCCAGAGCGACGGCCAGAGUGUCUGCAUCCGGGACAAGAGAACCAACACCUGCACCAAGCUGAGGGCCUGCCGCCUCCGUGAGAGGAACUGCGCCCGUCGCGCCUCCGGACUGGAGCCUCUGAAGGAGACCUGCGUCACCCGCUGCCGCAACAUCCUCGGCACCAGCGGCGUCGGCCAGUGCGCUCCCCGUCUGCGCAACCCCGCCGCCGUCUCGGAGUCAAAGCGCAUCCGCGAGUGUCGCCGUCGUCCCUGCCUGGAGGACAAGCUGGCCACUUGCUGGAAGAACCAGCAGGGCGCCUGCCGCCUCCAGACCCGCUGCGAGGCCCAGAGGAGGAACUGCAGCCGCAAGCCCGCCAACCAGUGGGUGAGGGCCAGCCGCUGGAGCUGCAAGGGUGCCGAGGAUGGACGCGUCCGCCAGUGCUGGACCAGGCCUCUCAUCAUCAAGGACUAGACGCCUCCCAGCCGACCAUCACACCCGAAGUCUACCAAAAAACCUAUUACCUAAUCCUCUAUCUUUUUUUUUCAAUAACCACAUCUAAAUACAGUUCUUUCCGAGUAA